CCGCGAGCCGGCGGCGGGGCGGGGCGGGGGCGCGCGUACCUUUCUCAACAGCUGACAAAACAAGAACGUCAAUUUCAGUUGCCUAAGAGAAAGGGAUUAUUUCCGGGGACUUGCUCCGCUACCCCUCCCUCAGCAAUAGUCACUGGCUCAAAUUUUAUUUAUUUAUAUACUGAGGUUUCCCCAUCAGCGCUAGCGCAAGCGCAAAUCCCGAACAUCUGUGAAGAGAAGGGGCGGGGGAGGGGAUGGGGAAGACAAUCCCCUGUCCGCGCGUGCGCGUCGAGCACGCAAGAGGCGCCGGGUGUCAGGGUCGCGCGCUUACGUCGUUUGACGGCUCGGACGGACUGGCCGGCGAGGAAUGUGAUUGUGCGCAGUGGGGGCGGCAGCGGCCGCAGCCACAAGCUGGCUUGGGAGGAGGAAUAGUCCAGCGGACUGCGGGCGUGGUCGGGAACGGGCAAAGCCGGCACACAGGCAGGAACAGGAAGGGGGGAAAGAGCGGUGACUGGGCCGAGGCCGUUGCACCGGCCGGGGGGAAGUGUCGGCUGCGUGUGUGGGCAGGGGAGGCCGGCGUAGCGGCCCGAACUCUCCGGACACAGGCCUCGGCGGCGGCGGCGGCGGUAGUGGUGGUGGUUUCCGGAUUGGCGGAGAGGGUGGUGCCGCCGCCUGGACCGCCGUGUGGAAGAUGUUCAACGUGGAAUCCCUGGAGCGGGUGGAGCUGUGCGAGAGCCUCCUCACCUGGAUCCAGACAUUUAAUGUGGAAGCAGCAUGCCAGACUGUGGAAGAUUUAACGAAUGGGGUUGUGAUGGCCCAGGUGCUUCAGAAGAUAGAUCCUGUAUAUUUUGAUGAAAAUUGGCUAAAUAGAAUCAAAACUGAAGUGGGAGACAAUUGGAGAUUAAAGAUAAGCAAUUUGAAGAAAAUUUUAAAAGGAAUUCUGGAUUACAACCAUGAGAUUUUAGGACAACAGAUCAAUGAUUUUACACUUCCUGAUGUUAAUCUUAUUGCGGAACACUCAGAUGCUGCAGAGCUUGGAAGGAUGCUUCAACUCAUUUUGGGAUGUGCUGUGAACUGUGAGCAGAAACAAGAGUACAUCCAGGCCAUCAUGGUGAUGGAAGAGUCUGUACAGCAUGUUGUCAUGACGGCCAUUCAAGAGCUGAUGAGCAAGGAAUCUCCAGUUUCUCUUGGAAAUGAUGCCUAUGUUGACCUUGACCGCCAGUUGAAGAAAACUACAGAGGAACUGAAUGAAGCUUUGGCAGCAAAAGAAGAGAUUGCUCAGAGGUGCCAUGAAUUAGACAUGCAGGUUGCAGCAUUACAAGAAGAAAAAAGUAGUUUACUUGCAGAAAAUCAGGUAUUAAUGGAAAGAUUAAACCAGUCUGACUCAAUAGAAGAUCCUAACAGUCCAGCUGGCCGAAGACAUCUUCAGCUACAGACUCAAUUAGAGCAGCUCCAGGAGGAGACAUUCAGACUAGAAGCAGCCAAAGAUGACUAUCGAAUACGAUGUGAAGAAUUGGACAAGGAAAUCUCUGAACUCCGGCAGCAAAAUGAAGAGCUGACCACAUUGGCCGAUGAAGCUCAGUCUUUGAAAGAUGAAAUAGAUGUUCUUAGGCAUUCUUCUGAUAAAGUGGCUAAACUUGAAGGCCAAGUAGAAUCAUAUAAAAAGAAACUAGAAGAUCUUGGUGAUUUGAGGCGGCAAGUGAAACUCUUAGAAGAGAAGAACACGAUGUACAUGCAGAACACUGUAAGUCUAGAGGAGGAGUUAAGGAAAGCCAAUGCUGCUCGCAGUCAGCUUGAAACAUACAAAAGACAGGUAGUGGAACUGCAAAAUAGAUUAUCUGAAGAAUCAAAAAAAGCAGAUAAAUUGGAUUUUGAAUAUAAACGGCUGAAAGAAAAAGUGGAUAGUCUUCAAAAAGAAAAGGAUAGAUUAAGAACCGAACGGGAUUCUCUUAAAGAAACCAUUGAAGAACUUCGAUGUGUACAGGCGCAAGAAGGGCAGCUCACCACUCCAGGAUUAAUGCCUCUGGGAAGUCAAGAGUCUUCAGAUAGUCUGGCAGCAGAGAUUAUUACACCUGAAAUAAAAGAGAAACUGAUUCGUCUUCAACAUGAAAAUAAGAUGUUAAAACUUAAUCAAGAAGGUUCUGACAAUGAAAGGAUUGCAUUAUUGCAGAGUCUGCUCGAUGAUGCAAAUCUUCGAAAGAAUGAACUAGAGACAGAAAAUAGGCUGGUGAAUCAGAGACUUCUGGAAGUACAGUCACAAGUUGAAGAAUUGCAGAAAUCUUUACAGGAACAAGGUUCAAAAGCAGAAGAUUCAGUUCUUCUGAAAAAGAAGCUUGAAGAACAUUUAGAGAAGCUGCAUGAAGCUAAUAAUGAGUUGCAGAAGAAACGAGCCAUUAUUGAAGAUCUGGAACCAAGAUAUAACAACAGCUCAAUAAAAAUUGAAGAAUUACAGGAAGUUUUGAGGAAGAAAGAAGAAGAAAUGAAGCAAAUGGAAGAACGAUAUAAGAAGUACUUGGAGAAGGCCAAAAGUGUGAUCCGUACUUUAGAUCCUAAGCAGAAUCAAGGAGCAGCCCCAGAAAUACAGGCUUUGAAAAACCAACUACAAGAACGGGACCGGAUGUUCCUUUCAUUAGAGAAAGAAUAUGAGAAAACGAGGAGUCAAAGAGAGAUGGAAGAAAAAUUUAUUGUUAGUGCCUGGUACAAUAUGGGAAUGACACUUCAUAAAAAGGCGGCUGAAGAUAGACUUGCUAGUACUGGUUCAGGGCAGUCAUUCCUGGCCAGGCAAAGGCAGGCAACAAGUGCAAGAAGGUCCUACCCUGGCCACGUCCAGCCAGCCACAGCAAGGUAGAGAAGUCUAGUCAUUGUGGCCGUUGGAAAAGUAACUGACCUCCCUUCAAAGCAAACUUCUGUUACACGUGACAUCAUUUCAGGAAAUUCAGCCAGUUUAUUUUCUGUUUCUGUACCUUGUUAAUAAUCAGUUAUUCUGCAUUUCAGUCUUUUUUUCCCUCCCUGCAUCUGUACUGUGUUAGUUUCUUCUGUUAUUUCCUUUGGAGUCUUUUUUUCUUCCUUUCAGUGUGCCAAACUUUUUGAGAUAUCCAAUAAAGAAUGUUGUAUAACAUUCUCUUCACUUGUUUAAAAAUGUCACCACUUGCCCAGUUAUGUUGGCUUUUUAAUUACACUAAAUUUCCUGUCAAUAAUUAACAUAAAAUUUAUAUUCUUUGUUGUUCCUGUAUGUUACCAUGCUUUGUAAGAAUGUCUUUGUUUAAAGGGAAGUAAUCUUUUUAUGAUAUAUUAAUCAGUUUUAAAUUGUUUUCUGAAAGCUAAUCAAAUAACAAGUAUACUUUACUGCAUAAAAUGAUCGAGAAAUGUACUUUUGCAAAGACUUGAAUAUAUAAGUAUAGGUACUAAAAAUUCCAAUCUUGUAUGAAGCACCUAAUUGAACUCUUCUUCAGAGAAAAAUGAAUUUUUACUUUGAUUUGCAGAAUUUCUUGUCCUCUAACAUUAAGCAUUAAUACAAAAACAAAACUUUGGCAACUAUCUGAAAUUUUUUAUUUUUAAGACUUUCAUUUAUUUCCUGGUAUAUUAUUUACUGGCAGAAGUGAAUGCUUUACUAGAAGCAAAAUCAGAAGCAUAUUUUUGUGGUUAUUGCAUAAUGAGUUUAAAUGAAGGCUUUUAUUUAACUCUUAGUUAUAGAGUUUUGCAGUAACAAGUUCUGGCUCUAGUUUUUUGGCUAUUACCAAUGUGGAUGGUUUCAUCUAUCCUCUCCAACUAAAAGAUUAUUUUAAUAUAUUUACAAAUAGUCGUCUUCUUAGGCAUUUUCAUUAUAAAAUUUCCCACAUUUAUUUUCCUGAACAUUUAUUACUUAACUAUUUAGCACCUUAAGAGAGGUGACUUACUUACUGUGUUUAUAUUUCACUUUGGUUUCAUCGGGAUAAAAUAAAAUCUUUACAUCAUUUGUGCAUAUACAAUGACAACUCCAUUUUGUCAGACUUAAGAUUUUUCCUUAAUGCCAUCUGAGUCUACUACCCUGAGGGGUUGUUUCAGAAUAUUCUCCUUUUGUUUUGCCCCAAAGUGCUUACAUUUAUAAUUGCCUACAUAAGGAAUGAUUGUAAAUUAAAUGUUGACUAGAAAGCACUUUGAAUAAGUGUAUGAGGUGCUAUAUAAAUGCUAAAUGUCAUUCAUUUGGGAAUUGUAUGCCUUCAGUCUGGUCUUCCAUGUUGAAUUGUUUAAGUUCAGUCUCUUAAUUGUAUAAUUUCUUCAACAUCCCUGGUGGUUUUUAUCUUAUAGGGUGACCCACUUUUAAAGAGCACAAUAUAUGUAAAAUUGGGAGAGAUUUUUUUUUCAGUCUCCUAAUUUAAUAAUUUCUGUUAAAAGAAGCUAUUCCUUAUUCAUGAAUUGGCUGUGUUUGGUGCCUGAGUUGAGUUAAAUAUGUUAAAGUCAAAAAAGUACCUUUGUACCCAUUUUAUGUAGGUACAAAAAAAAUUACUUUGGUAAACAGUUAUUAAGCACUAUGUAUACAAUAAUUUGUGCUUAUUUGAAUUUAAUAUAAAAUGCUAAAUUUGAGCUUCUAAAUGCAAUUCUCUAUAUGAACUAAUUAAUGAUUUGUAAUCUUAUCAGGACUGAAUUUUAAUUCAGUCUUCAAAAACUAUGUAAAAUUUUGAUUUCAGGAGUUUACUUUUUGAUGUGUAUAGCACACAUGAAAAUAUUAAACAGUUAAAAAAUUCUGUGGAACUCCAAAGGAAAGGAACAAUUAGGUAUUAGAAGGUUUAGAAAAAUGACUCAAAAGAAGCCCUGAUUUUGUUAUUGGUCUUGCAACAUUUGCCUUGUAAGCUUAAUGUAAAGAAAGUUACAUUCUUUAGUUAGAAAAUUAUUGAAGCCAAUCACACUUUUUCUGCCAGCUAUCACCUGAGCAUCUGUGUUUGCAAUUAAAUCACACAUCCGCAUGAAAACAGAUCAAAGGAGCCAUACAAUACUGUGUACAUUGUGGAAUGUCUGGAGGCUCAUAGAUUUGGGCUACUUAAAUUAAAAUUCGUAUUAUUUUUAUGGGAGUAGUCUUGACUCUUGACUGGGGGCUUUUUGCUUGCAAUUUACUCCCACUUCACUGAAAUUACUUUUGAAGAUAGGUUUUACAAGUCUAAUUAAGAAAAGUGGGGUGGGGGGGAGAAUUCUGUGAGUUGUUUAAAUGAAAUGGUUAAUAGUUUUGAAUUGUAGAGUUCAGUUUUCAUUGUAGAUCACAGUUAUCUUUAUGCAACUGCUGUCAGCCCUAAGGAUACAUUUCUAAAUUGAGUUAGAAAGUUGCCAAGCCUAUAGCAGGAGGACUUACUUCUGAUGUUUCUUUGGCAUCUUUUGCAUGCUGUUGUCUUUGUAUUUACUUAUGUAAUGCUGGCCUUCUUUUAAAAUCUUGUUUCCAUUUAGUAUGUUGUGUCUUUAUACACAGAAGAAAUUGUGGAGAUUCUAUUUUUUUCAUAACCUUUAUGGGAAACAGGAUCUCAAUAUGCUGUAUGGUAUAUGUGACAGAGGGCCAAGAGUAACAUUUUUUGCUUUUCACUCUUAUCAGCUUACUUGUUCCUAACCACAAGUACAGUGAGGACCUUUGUAUAUCUCUUCUUGAAAAUAACAACUAUGAGUAAUCUCUCAGGAUUGGGAGGUUUACUUGGUGGAAUACAAGGAAUUUUGAAGAAGUUAAUAACUAUACACUUUAAAUACUAUUACAUGUGACUUUUUCCCCUUCCUUCACAAAUUUCCUGUGUAUAUUGUCUACCUGAAGUUGUAAUCUUUCUAUGGAAUUAUUUGGUAUGGAUAAAACCACAGUAUUAUUCUAUUUGACUGGAGUGAGCUAUUAAGUAUAAAUAAGUGGGAUUUAUAAGAGUAGGUCCAUUUUUAGGCAAGGGACUGUUUUCAUUCUGAGGAAAGGAGUAAGAUGAAAAAUAACAAAAGAAAAAAGCAAAGCAUUUGAAUGGCAUUGAAAUUUAGCAGUGUAGUCUAUCUCCCUAGAGAAAUUUAUUCUUGAUAUCCAGUUAGCCAAGGUUUUAGAUUAAAAAAUGAUCUAGAACUCAAUAUCUUCUCCCAACUUUCCCUUCAAAAAUGAAUGAUUUCUUAUUUCCCUAGAGCCUAGGAGAUGCUGUACUUUGAAGUAACUGAAUUAAUUUUGACUUCAUUUGAAGGCAGUAUAUGUUCUAUUUAUUAUUUACAUCAUUAGUUUUUAAAAUAGCUUUUUAGCUUAAUCCCAAUAAUCAGUUAAAAUGAGGUGUCAUCUGGAAAAUCUAUUGAGUAUAUACUAUAGGAAGUUCUUACACAUUUUACUCUUCCAAGACAAUAAUUCAUCAAUCAUGAGCCAAUGGAUAGAAAACUAAUACUGGAAUCAAAGAUCCUAGAUUCAAAUGCUGAUUCUUCAGCUGUGAUCUUGUACCUAUAUAUUCUAUACCUAUAUAACACUAUAUCUUGGGCUUUAGUUCUCAUCAUUUCAAAGAUCUCUUCCCAGUUCCAAAUUUCUGAUCCUGCUGUCUAGAAAUAAGGCCAUUCUUAACACUAAAUAAUCUUUAGAAUAUGAAACCUACUCUGGAACAAAAAAUCUUAUUUUUCAGAUAUACAACUCCUAGGACUCAGAAACAUAAAAAGUCUUUUCCUCCCUCUCACAUUCAAUUGCUAUGUUUGAAACUUUCCUAAAACAGUCAACAUUAGUAACUAAAAAUGGAUAAACUAGUUUUAAAGCUGUAUAGAGAAUAUAUUUGUUAUAAAACUAUGAGAAAGGUAUCAAAUUUUCCAGACUUUGGGCCAUCUGCAUUAUAAGAGCGUUAGAGACUGACAUUGUAGAGAUGCUUGUUAAGAGUAAAGACAACUUGACACAAAUUUCAGAGACUGUAUUAAACUAAAGAAAAAAUUAGAAAAUAAAACCCUAAGAAUACUUUCUGAUUCAUUUCUAUGUUUUUCUUCAUGAAAACAUUAGCAUGCCAAUUUAAAGUUGAGAGGAGAAAUAGAAUUUACCUUAAGAAAAAAUGAAGUUUCUUGGCUUUCUAUCCAAUCAAAAUAAUCUCAUUCCCUGCUCAGUCAUCAGCUUGCCAAGAUGGCAGCCUACUUCAUAUUGGGUUUCUUUCUUUUAUUAUAUGUAAAAUUGGGUUUUUGCAAGUUAAUCUUAGUAAUUACAGUGAUUAGAGUAUUUUGCAUCAUGGAAUCAUUUGGAAAAGACUGUUCUUUCAUGUGACUCUAAUUUUUAAAUUUCUAUAAAGCAUCUAAAUAAUAAUGUACAUUCUUUUUAUUAGAAAUUUUCAUUUAAUCUCAAGGGUAAAUUAUUCUGUUAAAUUAUUGCCUUCUGUUUUAUAACAAAUUUUUAAAACUCACUCAUUGCCACAAAAAGAUGAAAUUAUUAAAAACUCAAGGGAAACAAUAAAAAUUACUUUUUUCUUUUAAAUUGUUGUAUGGUACAAGUAUGAUGGCAUCCAUUUUUUUAAUGACUGUGUAUAUUCUGGGAAUUUAGUUAUUGUUAAUACCUUUUUUUCCCCUCCUAAAAUCAUUUGUUUAUCAAGUGUUCGUGCAGUGCUACCUUCAUGGGUAUGAAUACUUGUAAAAUUGUUCCAUGACACUGCCUUGAAAUAGUAAACUUCUUGCUUUUCUUGUGUUACAAUAAGAUAAAUCAAAAUAUCAUUCACUUCUUCAGGAAGUGAAGGCCAAGCAGGACUUGGCAAUUUUAUGAAUUUAAGGGCUAGAAAUUCUACCUAACACCACUAGUUAGUUAUAAUUUGAGGUCGCCUUUCUGUAUCUAUAACUGGGAGAACAUGUCAGGAGCAAAGUGUAGGAAAGAGGGAUUUAUUUGGAUAAGGAAUAGGUGUAAUGUCCAAUAAUAGUUCAACAAAAACUUGUGCUUAUAUUGCACAUGGGAACUCAGCUCUGUUAACAUUUUCAUGUGCUGGUCCUUUCAUUAUUAUUAGAGAAACAAAUAUUUAACUUUGUUAAUAAAUCUCUAGACAGAAGCACUAUUUGUGAAUUUUCUCAUUGUUCAUUUCUUUUGUGGAUGCUAGCCAGAGAUACUACAUCCACAUUAAUCAGAUGUCUUUUGGUAAGCAACUUGAAGGCAUAUUCUCUAUAAUUACUUGGACUAAUUCUACUCCUUUCUAAAAUAAUUUCUAAGGCUUUCCUUAAUUUAGUACAGUUUGUGGCAAGAGUGAUUUGAUGAUAUCUAAAAAGCAUGGCCAGUUGGUUCUCUUUUUCUUAAAGCAACUACCCUCUAUUCCUCCACUUCCUUCUUUCAGUUUUCAAAAAGACUUUGAGAAAACUAUAGAUUUCCACAGGGUAAGAACUCUAGGAGCACCUUAAAAGUAAAUAUGGUUAUUUAUUGUCUGUUCUGCCGUUCCCAAAACCUAUCUGAAUACUGCACUUGGUGUUAGAGUUCUGAGGAUUAAAAUCAGUGAACUUCAUAAUGUUGGAAAACUACUCCUCUGUCCUGUCUACCUACUUAGGAAAAGAUUAAAACUAGUCAAGUGAUAGUACCAUGGUCAGAACGUUGUCUAUCAGAGUAGUAGAAGCAGAGGAGGACAAAAGGAUAAGCAAAAUAGAGUGAGAUGAAAUAUACACACACAGAGAUGCACGCAUACAAUAAAUCAGUCUUUCUGAGCUCUAAACUGGUGAUGAUGAUUAAUGACUUAAGAUUAGGAAGGGUUGCUAAUGUAGAAUUGAAAAGAUGUUGGGAGAAAUAUUCUUUAUAUUUGUCAUGUGCUGUGACAAUGUAUAUACAUUCUCAACUUGUAAUUUGUAUGAGCACUCAUAAUAGUACAGGUGAGUGUCUUUAAUGUUUUACCUACUGCUACUAAUAAUCAUUUAUGUAUUAUUUAUACUUUUUUUCAAUGCUCAGUGCACUUUAUAAAUAUAUCAUUAAGUCCCCCUGAAUUUUUCUUCAUGUGUUUCUUCUGUCUUUUCCAUGAGAAUGAUUUGGAAGGAUGGGCAUUUCACCUACUCCUACAUUGGUGAAAUUCUAAGCCUAGAACCAAAACAGCUUUCUUUUCAACCUAGUUAGACCUAGUGGCAGUUUACAAGGCUUUUUUACACAGCACAUCAUUAGUAAAGAGUAUUAAAUAAGGUCCUUUUAAACUAGUAGCCAUUUGUUUUUUCUGAUACUGUUAUCAUGUAGCUCAGGCGUAAACCUGUUUCCCAACUUUGAUUAUUUGGAUCAUCAGGUUUUGCACAUUUGUAAACCUACACCAGUUUAACUUUGAGAGGGAUUUUUCUUGACAAUGGAGUCUUGUAGAGUAAGGCAAGUCAUUGGCUGAAUCACAGAAUUAUCUUUUAAGACCACUGAAAUGUAAUGAAAUGUAAUGUAUAGUCCUUUAUUCUUCCAAACAAAAAACAAAGGAUCUCUUUUCUUCCUGAAUUCAUAGUGUUUUCCCCACGAAGCAGAACUAAGAGUACAAAGAGCCAAACUCAGUCUUCUUUGAGUUAAUACUAGAACUUUCUCUGUAGACUUUGGCACAAGGUUUUCUCAACAUCUUUGUGUCUUCCUCACAAAACGAACAGAGCUCACUUUGCCCUAGAUAGAAUUAAUUCUUUGUCAUCACAAAUACCCAAAUGUAAGAAGGGAAGCAAAGUUUGAGGAGUUGUAUUGUUGUAUUGUCAGGGUAUCCUUAUCCCAGAAGUCUCAAAGUAUAUGCUGUUUUUGAUGAACCUGGUUACUGUGUUAUUGUUUCCCUGGCCAAAGUUUUCAACUCAGUCUGUUGAGGCUGUUUUGUGACAUUUAUCCCUUUGCCUUUCUCCAUUAUCACUUAUUUCCAGUUUUAUAUUAGGAAUCAGUGAGAAGGUAGAAGUCACAUUAUUCUCAAAUCACUAGAAUGUACAUGCUCUAUAGGGCAUUGCUCUUUCUAGUAAUUGCCAAAGAAUAAGUCAGUUUACCAAUAAGAGUAAUAAACAACAUUUUCUUGGGCUUAAUUUUUUUUUCCUAGGGAUACGAGUACUGUCAGUUCUACUGUUUGUCUACAGUAUUGUGUCUUCUACUGUGAUACUUAAGUUUGAUCAGAUAGAAGACAAGCAGAUAGUGGGCAGGGCAAAUGAAGUCUACAUUUCUUCAGGAGUGCUAUUUUACAACUCUGAAAUAGAAAACCGAUUAUUGGCGCUUUUAAAAAAGGAAUUCAAUCCCCUUUAGUAUCAGCAUCACUUACCACAAGUCUAGGAAUUGCUCAGAUAUUUCAGCAAGUGAACAGAAAUUUAUAUUUCAAAAAAUUAGUUGGAGUCAAAUAGUAUUAUUGGUUCAAAGUCCCUUUGCUGUGUAGUUUUUAACGUAGCAUAUUGUGGAACUAGAUCGCAUGAAAUUGUACUCCAUUUUUGGUGUUCAGAAAACUGUUAGAGAAAUGUCUUAUCAGAAGGAAUGAGAAGCAAUCAACUUACUUUAAACUGUUUCAAGUAUUUUUGUAUCAUAGUUUAAAAGAGAGCUGUUUCACCUGCCAUUCCUGGGAUUCAUACCUAGUCCUUUAAAUCACAAGAAAAAGUGAGCACCUUUUAUACUUAUUUUUAAUAUGAUUGUUUGUUUAAUCAUGUGGCCCGUGCUGAAAGUUAAGGUUUUCUUGGCACUUUAUUUCUCAAUGAAGUAGAUCUAAUUUCUUGAUGAAGUAGAGAUUUAUUCAACACAUAGUGAGCUUUUUUUCAUUUUUAGUAGUGGUUAAAUGUUACUCUUAUUUCUGGGAUAUGGUGAUAUAACUACAUUAUGAUUUAUUCACCAAGGAUUGUUGAGUACAUAUAUUUUGAAGUUUGUCAAAAUGUCACAUGAUACUUUGCUUCUCUAACACAUUACAGUAUAAUGAACUUUGCUAUCUUUUACCUUUUUUGAACUUUUCUUCCUCAAAUAAUUUAGUGUCCCUUCAAUUGUCUCUAAAGUCUCCAAAUUGUCUAAUGUCCCUCACCCCUAGAAUGUAGUGAGAUCUAAGCAAACACUUAAUGUUUUCAUUGGUAGUUUUUAUCUUUGUGAUCUAACUUGAAUUAUUAACAUUAAGACUUUUAGGUAUGAAGCAAAUAGUAAUUCAGUCAUUGGGAUGACUAUGAAUGUUUUUUAAAUAACAUGGAUCCUGUUGCUGAAGCACUUGUAUAUUCAUAAAGAUAUGUUGAUCCACUGUUAAAGAUAUUGGUGAAAUUAUGUAGAUUACUAAUCAUUUUUCCCCAUUAAUUUAGUUGCUAUUACCCUAAUCUGUCAUAUCUGGUUGUCUUCGUAUUUGUUUAUUCUUUUUUUUUAAGCAGUUAAAACAACAAUUUCUCCAAAUAACUCAAUAUUAAAACAGAUUCUGAAAAUUUUAGAAGUGUCUAUUGGUGAAUAAGAUACUUAGUAAUCAUUCUUUUCUCUGGUAAUGCAAUUCAUUGUCAUAUUUUACAGAAAAACUUAUUUUUGGUUAAAUAAAAUUUCCAGUUUGCUUAAAAGAAAUAAGAAAUAAUUCACCAUAUUUACAGAAAUUGCUACAUUUGUACAAUUGUUUGGGUCUUUUCUGCUUUGAUUAUUAUAGUGGUUUGUUUUCCUUAACAGGUCUUAUUUUAUUUAAUGUUCAAAUGCACUAAAAUGUUCCAUUUUCUGUUAAGCUGUUACAUUUGCCAGUAUAAUAGAUAGCACCACAAUUCUUUGUAAUAUUUGGGGAGAUUAAUUUUCAAAACUGUCUUUUAGUAUACUUCACAGCAUCUACCAGGCAUUUGUACCACUAAGAUUUUGGUUUUGGACAAGGAAUAUUGUAAUCCAAACGUGAACUAAUAAUUUGCCUUAAUCUACUUUUGCCUUUGGGUUAGGGAGGGAUAAUGAAUAGUUUAAAAAAAAACUGAGAAAAAGGCUUUUUUUUUCUUUUUCUUUUUUUUUGCCAUUUAGUGCUUAAAGCUUUUCAGAUAAUCUGAAAAAUGACAGUACAUUGAAUUUGGAAUUGUAUUUUACUUACAAUUCCAGUUCUGGUAAAGCCUUAUAUUUAUGUCUUAAAUAUCGUAGACCCUUCUAUGGCUUGUUGUUUAUUUGUAAUUUGACAGUUUAUACCCACCCUGCAUUUUGCCACUUUCUAAAUGGAAGUUGCUGGAUAUAUUAUUCUCAUUUCCUGCUGGAUAUCAAAUUAAUGUUGCUAGGAUUUCAUUCUUGAUUGAAAGUGAUGACUGUCAUGAUAUAGGGCUCUUUAUUAUGGAGUUAUAUAUGUAAUUGAAUCUAAGCAUUUUUCCAACAUGUGCUAAUUUAUCGUGUGCUAAGCACGAUUGAAUUUGUUACUUUUUUUCUGAGCAGGAACAUGUUUGAAAGUCUUAGUCUUCAGUAAAAACUUAACUAAUGUACCACCACUCCCCUCACCCCAAAACCUGUCCAGAAAUCUAUCAGAAAAUGGAUUUGUAAUAUGUUGAUAUAUUAUGUUGCUUUUUAUCUUCAUUUUAGUCUUAUAACUGCCAAAUUGUUAUGGUAUUAUUAAGGAUAUGUGUAUUUAUAUGUAUGCAUAUAAAAUAUAUGUAUAUGUAUAUGAAAACUAAAACAAGAUUUGGUCAAACUAUAUUUUCCCAUUGAAUACAUAAUGUUUUCAAGGCUGCAAAAAGUGUACAGUUGUGAAACAAGUUGUAAAUAAAGACUUGUAUAAAAA